AUGCUCUUCGACACUCCUCUGCUGAACCUCGCACCCGUCGCCUCAUCCUCCUCGGCGGGCACACCGUCGACCGCCCCAGGUUCAGCGGGCAAGAAGCGCAAGCGGUCAAGCUCGAUCACGCGCGACGGGUCUGGCGCGCAGGAUGGAGGGAACGGGGCGCUCCCGAAGGCCGAGAUCAGCGUCGAGAAGUUGCUCAAGAAGAUGAAGCAGGCGGAGGGUGGGGCGGCCAAGGCGGGAGGGAAGGACGGCGUGAAGGAGGGCAAGGUGAAGAAGGACAACGGGGCGCAGAAGGAGGCGAGUGUGGCUGAGGGCAAGGGAAAGGAGAAGGUGAAGGAGGCAGCGGCUCCGGGGCAGCCGGGCGAGGGGAAGAAGUCGCGGAAGAAGAACAAGAAGGCCAAGGGAGACGUUUCUUCGCCUGUCGGACGCUCCCUCGACCUCCCUGAAGCUGCAACGGCUGCUGCACCUACGACUUCGAUGUCUGCUCCCUCCUCGAACCCUCGUCCUCGCCACUCCGCACCCAGCCAGACCGUUACUGCCUCGACUUCCACAGCUUCAGCGAAAGGCGGUUCGGUGCAGGACAAGCUGCGUGCUCAGCUGGCAGGCGGCAAGUUCCGCAUGCUGAACGAGACGCUGUACACGACGUCGGGCGACGAGGCGCAUAGGCUGAUGAAGGAGGACGGCGCUUUCGACGACUACCAUAUCGGCUUCCGCUCGCAAGCCGCAACAUGGCCCGUCCACCCUCUCGCCCUCAUCGCGCAGUCGCUCCUGCAAACGCUCGCACCCAACUCUCUCAUCGCCGACUUUGGCUGCGGCGACGCCGCCCUCGCUCGCUCGCUCUGCCCGUCUUCCUUUACCUCGACCUCCUCAGCAAAACUCCCCCCAAUCCCCUCCCUCAAGCUCCCCACCAAACUCGUCUCCCAGAAAUCCCUCAAAGUCAUCUCCUUCGACCUAGUCAGCCAAUCCUCGUUCGUCGUCGAAGCCGAGUGUUCGUCUGUCCCUUUGCCUGGUGGGACGGCCGGAGGGGAGGUGGUGGAUGCUAUCGUUUGCUGCUUGAGUUUGAUGGGGACUGAUUGGGUUGGGAUGGUGAGGGAGGCGAAGAGGGUGCUUAAGGAUGGCGGCUUGCUCAAGAUUGCAGAGGUGACGAGCCGGUUCACCUCGGUCGACGACUUUGUCAAGCUCGUGUCCGCGCUCGGCUUCUCGCUCAAGCACAAGGACGAGUCGAACACGCACUUCCUCCUCCUCGACUUUGUCAAGAAAGCCGGCCCCGACGCGCGCGAAGACCCGCACAAGGUGGACGAGCACACGCGCAAGGCUUCGACGUUGCUCAACCCGUGCAUCUACAAGCGGAGGUAG